AUGUGCUUACCAACGCCUAUGGCCGAUCUAGAUCGCGUGUUCGUGCACGCCUUAAACACCGUAAAGAAGAUCCCCAAGACGGGCGCGUCGCGGCCGCCGCCCAGCGACCGACUGCGUCUAUAUGGACUCUACAAGCAGGCAAUGGAGGGGGACGUGGACGGGGUGAUGGAACGGCCGUCAGCAGGGGCAGGUGUCGACCGCGACGAGCUACAGAGAGAGAAGGACAAGUGGGAUGCGUGGAACGCGCAACGCGGGCUCAGUCGCACCGAGGCGAAGAGGCGUUACAUCGAGGCGCUGAUCGAAACCAUGCAUCGAUACGCAACAACGCCGGAUGCUGGAGAGUUAGUAGCGGAGCUCGAGUUCGUAUGGAACCAGAUCAAGAACAACAGUCCCUCGACGUCCGAUUCGUCACCCAAAGGAACGAAGUCCGAGCUCCGGAAGUUUGCACAACCCCAGAGCGGCACCGAAGGUCCCAUGAAGGUGCUCAGCCCCAUGAGCGAAGACGAUGAAGCAGAGCGGGAAUAUAGAGAAAGACAAGACGACGAGGAUGAGGGAGAAUACGUCAAGAAAGGAGACAAAUGGUCACGGAAAGUCGAACGAGCCUUGGUUCGCCUUUCGGCCGAGAUCGCAGCUUUACGCGAACAGAUCACUUCGGGGCGGGAAUGGAGAACACAGAAGGAGAAGACUUUCGGAGCCUGGAUAAGCUGGCUGUUCUGGCUCUUCGUCAAACACUUGGUGAUCGACUCGUUCAUACUGAUAAUAAUCCUGCUUUGGAUGCGGAAGAGGAAGGAUCGGAGGUUAGAAGACCUAGUGAGGUCGGCACUACGGAUCGGCCGCGAGUAUGUGAGAAAGGUUUUGCCGUCGAGGUGA